CACAGCUGAAAACCUGAUUAUUAAAUGUUUUAUUUUGAAAUGCCAGACCGGACACGUAACUUUCCCGGAGCCUCGUGAGCUUCACCAAACCAGCGACACCGAGUCAAAUGUUCGCCUAUUGAGAACUUACCUUCCCACGCAGCCCCAGCUCUCUGCCUCCGCCUCACGCUGUCCCCACCUUUUGGACCGCCACCGGAACGCCGGAGCGCCCGCCGAAGGAAGUGGCCCGCAUGGUGGUUGAAGGGAUGCCCGAGACGGCCGAGGGAGGAGGAGGAGGAGGAGGGAUGCUGAGCCGGCGAAGGGGCAAAGCCAGGCGGAGAAAACGAAAGGAGUUGUUCGCCAUCCAGAUGUGCUUUGCGGCUGUGCUGCUGGGGCUGGUCGUGGGGCUGCAGACGGUGGCACAGAAAGCAGGAUAUCAGACUUCUAUCUCUUUGGUUGUGGAAGAGGCAAAGUGGGAGAGUCGUCACCUUCUGCAAGAAGACAACAAGUCUAAGCUCUACUUAGAGCCGGACAAAAACUGCACUGAACCAGCGAUCCAUGAGUUCCCCAGAGAUUAUUUCACCAACCAGGAGCGCACAGAGGGAGCCGUGGGCCUCCAUGUUCUGUGUGCAGUCUACAUGUUUUAUGCCCUGGCAUUGGUCUGUGAUGACUACUUUGUCCCCUCACUAGAGAAGAUUUGUGAGCGUCUUCAGCUGAGUGAGGACGUGGCAGGAGCCACCUUUAUGGCAGCUGGCAGCUCAGCUCCUGAACUCUUCACGUCAGUCAUUGGAGUGUUCAUCACCAAAGGCGACGUUGGCGUGGGCACAAUUGUGGGCUCUGCUGUCUUCAACAUUCUCUGCAUUAUUGGAGUGUGUGGCAUAUUCGCUUUGCAGACCAUCCGUCUGUCCCGCUGGCCUCUGCUCAGAGACUCGGUCUACUACACACUCUCUAUCUCUGCCCUUAUAGUGUUUAUAUAUGAUGAAAAGGUGGUUUGGUGGGAAGCUCUGACACUGAUUCUGAUGUAUUUCGUCUACAUUUUGAUCAUGAAGUUGAACUGCUACAUUGUUCGUUUCCUUGAGAGACAGAAGAAGAAUCCAUCUGGUUUAAGUAAUGGAGCUGCUACUAACACUGAACUAGAUGAUGGCUAUGAUGCUACAGCUGUCCUGCUGAAGAAAGCAAACCACCACAGCAAGCCAUCUGUGCUGAUGGUGGACGAGCUGCUCUCUGCGUACCCCCACCAGCUGACCUUUUCCGAGGCUGGCAUGAGGAUCAUGAUCACCAGUCACUUCUCUCCGAGAACCCGACUCACCAUGGCCUCACGGAUGCUCAUCACUGAGAGACAGAGACUAAUCAACACACGGACUCUGACCAACGGCGAAUCAGACGUCUCUGUCAAAGGAGGCGGUAGACGGGGCAUCGAAAAUGGGCUGUCCAGGGCAGAGAGGCGCCUCAGCAUUCGCCAUGACGAUCGAGAGGCGGGCAACGAGACGGAGAACGAAGACAACGAAAACAAUGAGAACGAUGAAGAGGAAGAGGAAGAUGAGAGAGAUGGACCUUUUGUGCCCUUCCAGUGCCCAGCUGGUGUGUUUAACAAGCUGAAGUGGCUGCUGGCCUGGCCUCUGUGCCUGGUGCUGUUCUUUACCGUCCCCAACUGCUCCAAACCUCGCUGGGAGAACUGGUUUAUGCUCUCCUUUAUUUUCUCCACCCUUUGGAUUGCCUCCUUCUCCUACAUCAUGGUCUGGAUGGUAACGGUGAUCGGCUUCACACUCGGAAUUCCCGAUGUGAUCAUGGGCAUCACCUUCCUGGCAGCUGGCACCAGCGUUCCCGACUGCAUGGCGAGUCUGAUAGUGGCGCGGCAAGGUAUGGGAGACAUGGCCGUGUCCAACUCCAUCGGCAGUAAUGUGUUUGACAUCCUGGUAGGGCUCGGCCUCCCCUGGGCCCUGAAGACACUGGCCAUUAAUUACGGCUCUGCUAUUAAGCUGAACAGCAAAGGGCUCAUCUUCUCUGUGGGACUCCUGCUGGCGUCUGUCUUCCUUACGGUGCUGGGAGUCCACCUGAACAAGUGGACGCUGGACAAACGUCUGGGACUCACGUGUCUCUUGUUCUACUCCAUCUUCCUGUGCUUCUCCUGUCUCAUCGAAUACAACAUCUUCACUUUUGUCAACCUGCCAACGUGUCGGGAAGACUGAGACGCACCAGCAUUGCCACACACACACGCACACCAACACACACACACACACACAAAGUCCGAUUCACAGGUAGUGUUAUGGAGGCGAUAGGUGGAGUUCGACAGAGGCUCUAAGUCAGAACAGACUUGUUUCUGAGUCUCUUUGUUUGUUGUUUUUGGAGAGGUCCCACUCUGCUCUUUUUUGGGUGCUUGUUUUCCUGCUUGGUGCGAUAUGGAGCUGCUCUGGUGUUUACUCCCAAUCAGACCAGAGUGUGGGACUUUUUCCAGGGGCAGAGAUUGGUUAAUAACAAGCCCUCACUGUGCUCAACACACACACACACCCACACACGCACACACACACACCCCUGUAUUACUGCAUGCUUCUCACAUAAACAUGUUUUAUUUUGAAGCUCCUGUGUUUAGGUGUGACGUUUCCUAGCUGCUAACUCUUCCUCACAGGGUACGCGAGGCCUUGUUGAGGAGAGUAAAAACGAUCAAAGCAAUGACGAAUCCGAGGUGGGCGGAGUCGGCUCAGCACUUCAGCUGCAGAGGAGUUGUUUGGGUUGUUGGAAGUCUCUCGGUAGCAAACAGACCCAGUUAUGCACAUGUGCACAUUAUGUCCAGUCAGAGUCACUUUGUUGAUGCCUCAAGUGUGUAUAGACGUGUGUAGAGACAGUCUUCCUCUUCUGCUUUUAGACGUAAAACUACAGGCAACCAGGGCAUUACCUUUUUAUGAAGUGACUCACAAUUGUAGUGUUGUUGUGGGUUUUUUUUUUUUUUUUUUUUUACUCCUUCUUGAAUAUACCCUUCUCCUGUAUAUACCCCCCAGAUGAUUUAUUUAUUAUUUAUUCAUGCCACACACGUCUCACAUUUCUCUCGAGGUCACAGAAACAAACAGAAGAAUAAAACUUAAAACACAAAACAAGCACAACGUCUUCUGAGGGAUCGAUCUGGAAUUCUGCGGGUGGAUGUCAGAAAUGUCCUAUUUGCACUGACCAGCUCCGUGAGGAACAUCCUUAUAAAAAGAAGAGGAUCUUGAUUUUUUAUUUUUAAAUUAUAAUUAUUAUUAUGACUGCUGCUUUUGUCCUCUUAAAGACUCCGAGUUAACAGACUCAAUAGAGAUGGGUUCAAAGUACUUCCCUCUGUGGCAGAAUGAGAUUGGACCAGGGCUGACCGUUCUGCUCUGGACAUGUCUUAUUUUGGGAGUUCUUUGUAUUUUGUUCUGACAAAGGUCUGGAUUUGUCCACUUAAGUUUUGUGAUAAGUCAAAAUGUCCUACUAGAAUUAGAGCAUGUACUGUUGUGAUUUAAUGUAAGCCGUGAAGGGCGACGACAUCCUUCGAGGCGGUGGCUGAUUGUGAGACCAAACAUGACUUUCUUACAGAUGAGCUUUGGCAACUCCUUCAGUCCAGACAGCUAAUCCAACAAAAACAAAGACUGUUUCAGGGUCGAGUUUAUCCAUCAUCAACUAGUGUUUUAAUGUACAAAUCAGUCCAAUCACAUGUUUCUGUCUGUACAUCAGUCAGAAAUAUGUGUCUGAUAGGAGCUUGUCUGUUUAUUUUGUUGGGUUUUUUUGUAAAUAUUCAUUGCUCUGAGUGGGGAAACUGGGUUUGAAACUUAUGAAAUGCAAUAACUAUAAGCUUACUCCCUUGUCAGGUUGCAGCUUUAAAGACAAUAACAAUACGAGCUGAGACAAGACAAUACAUGAUUUUGAGUUCACAAGAAUCAGACAAAAUGCUAGCAAUAUCCUUGGGAAAUUUUGAUCCAAUUUUCUUUGUUUUCUCAAACACAGUAAAAGUUUUUGUGCUUCCUAAAACUCACCCUGAGUUUUAAGUUUCAAUGUUAAAGCCAGUCCUGGUGACAAGUCCUUAAACUGAAGACGAUACAAUGCAGUCCAGACUCACUAGGAACACUAUGAAAUGACCCUUUAGUUUUACCCCAACAGGAAUGUAGGUGCAGAUGCUAACUUUAGCUUUGUUAGCAGCUAGCAGUUAGCCAGUUGUUGGCGUCCUCUUCAGUGUUUUCUGUCACUGUGUGUUGUCAGCUAGUCUAAUGGCCAGAUUCUGUUAAUGCAACUAAACAACUUCUUCCUGUCUGACUUCAAAAUAAGAGUCUCAAGGUGUGGUUGCAACAGGAUUGUCGGGAUUAAAGACGCAGUUGUCAAUGUCGUAUUCAAACUUCACCAGACAAAGUCACAGAUUACAUGUACAAAUGUAGCUUCCAUCCUGGAAUGCUCUCAUUAUGUGGAAUUCUGUAGAAAUCAAGUCGACAUUUGAUAUUUAUUGAUUGCGGGAUGCUCUCGCUCUUCUGGAGUGAGACUCAAGCUUUCUCACUCGGCCCGGAUAGAUCUCCUUUAGAAUAAGAGCUCUUCCUGUAACCACAGCGGUACUAGUAGUUCUCUGUGAGGCCCUGAUCACUCUGCAGAUGUUUUUCAGUGUUUGUUGGUGCUAAGCUCCAGGUGAAUCCAGUUAGGAUGUUCUUGUUUCAGGUCAAACUUUCUUCCAUUCGUUUUGAAACAGGUGGUUAAUAUGGAGGCCCCUAGGGGACAGGGAGGAUUUUUUUCUUCUUUUGCAUUCUCUCGCAACAAUCUACUGAUCAGUUCAUGCGGCAUAAAUGAAUACUGUAAGGCUUACAGUGUAAGGCUUUCUUACAGUGGCCAUCAGACUUUCUGCUAUAAGGUUUUUGUGAGGUUUUUUCCAUUUAUGUUGUGAAAUACCUGAAGUUUUAUAUUUUUUUCUUUAGGACAGAAAUGCACCA